AUGUUGGGACCGCGGGCAGGGCGCUCCGCCGCCGAUCAGCGAGGCCCGGGGCUCGUUCCGCUCGCUCGGCGCCUCGCGAGGGCGGAGGGGGAGCCGGCCCGGCCCAGCCCCGCCACCACCUCCCCCGCGCCACCGCAGGGUCGCGGCCACCGCGGAGCUGUGUUACCCCCCCCAGCGCCCCGGCCCAGCCUCCCGCCCGCCUCCCUGUGCGGUGUUCCCUCCCCGGCGAGCUCCGCAGCGCGGCCUGGCAGCGUCCAGGGCCCUGAAGCGGCUUCCCCGUGGGCUGUUGGGGGUCGCCCGGGCGGUCGGGAGCGGGGGGACCCGGGGCUGUGGGGCUGCCGUUGGGGACCCGUUGGGGUCGUGUCCAUUGGGGUCGUGUUUUGGGGUCUACGGGAGCCAGAAAAUACCUGCAGACACCCCACUGGCUUUUUGGGGGAGAGCGGGAGGAGCCAAAGUGUCUGUGGGAUAUUUAAAGUCUUCAGUGAGUUACCUACCAUGGGAGUCAGCAUAUCAGCAGCCUCCAAAGUCUGUAAAGAAAGGAAGCUAUGGGAGGAAGGGGUCAGCCAACAGGAAAAUAUCAGGUUUUUCAUUUUCCUUUUGGAGGCUGGCAUGGGACGGAGCACCGCCGAGGAAGCCGUGUCAGGAACACUCACCUCUUGACACCACUGCUAAUAGGUGGUUAUUACAGCCCAUUGUGCUGAGAGCGGAGGCCUGGCUCUGACAGCUGCUCCAGUGAUAAAGUGUUCUACCUCACCUAAAAAUCGUAAGCGUCACAAACCUUUUAAGUACUCCUCUGACUUUCCUAUUUUAAAUUAAAUAUUGUUAUAAGUUCAGUAAGUCAUAAAAAGGUUAUGAUUACAUAAAACCAGCAUCACCUUGGUAAGAGAUUUAUUAUUAAAUGUGUGUCUAUAAAGUGCAACUACAGGAUGAUGUAAAAUAAGUGCGAAUGCAGAUGAACUGACAGUGGGCUUUGAAUAUUUUUGUACACUGAGGAAAUUGUUAAAUUACAUUAGUGGGGAAUCUGGUUUAUGAAAAAAAUUAUAAUUUUAUAAUUGAUCACAGAUUGCUUGCAUUUAAUUUGUGUUGGUUUACACCUUUAUAUAGAAUCUAUUCCUUUAUUUUCUUGUU